AAAAUACCAACACAAAUAAGUCAAAAGUGAUAAAAAAGACUCAUCACGCUCUCUAAAAUUAAAAGAUCCUAAAGACUCAUCAUCAUCACGAUCUCAAGCAACGUCUUGAGAAAAAGAAAAUCAUCAUGAUUUAAGGCGGAUCUGGAGUCAAGAAUUCGUUUCCAAUUUCAUGAACAAGUUGGAUUAAUUAAUUUUCUUCCAUUCAUGUCCCACCCACCUCUCCAACCGCAUAUUGAUCCUUCAUCUUCCUAUCAGAGGCGGAUCAUUGUGAGUGAGCUCCAACCCAGCCCAAUUUUUUGUUUUGUUUUAAUGUCCACCCCACCUCAAAAUUGAUUCGAGCCCGCCCCAAAAUUAAUCCCGGCCCACACCUCAAGCAAACUUACAAGGUCGAAGAGGGAGUAGCUGAGCUGCGACGGAGACACCAGACAAGAACACCAGCAAACCCGCGGCCACCAGCUCCGCUGCCGCCCGCCGUCCACGCGUCCAGGACCCUGUGUCGGACGACGCACUCGAAGCCGCUCCGACGGGCACCGCUACUCCUCUUUAACCGUCGACGACCCACCAAUUCUGGAGACUUCUCCCGCUCUGCAUUAACCAGCGAAAAGGAACAACAAUCGUCUCUCUAAUUUGUCAUUAUUUUCAAUUAUUGUAUGGUUUUAUUCAUGGUUGAUAUGUUUGCUUCUUGACUGUUACUGACUGUGGGUUGAUAUGUUUGCUUCUUUUCUUCUACUUUUCUGGCUUGUUUCAGAGUUUCUGCUGUUGCUGACAUGGUAAUUAGAUGGCCAAGGAUGCUAACACCCACCCAACUCUCACAGAUUAUUCGUGAACAGAAGAACCCACUAAAAGCCCUUGAAAUCUUUAAUGAAGUGAAGCACAGAUAUCCAAAAUACAAUCAUAAUGGUCCUGUUUACGAAGCCAUGAUAAACAUUCUAGGAAGCAAUGGUCAGCUGACUGAGAUGAAACAUGUUAUUAAUCAGAUGAAGGAUGAUUCAUGCCAGUGCCAUGACUCAGUCUUUGUAAGUGCAAUCAAAACCUAUGCAAAAGAAAAAUUAAUCAAUGAUGCGGUUUUGCUUUUCAAAAGCCUUCCACAGUUCAACUGCGUUAAUUGGACUCAAUCUUUUAAUACUAUGUUGGAAAUACUUGUGAAAGAGUCUAAGCUUGAUCAGACAUAUCACAUCUUUCUUGAGAAUUCAAGCCGAUGGGAAGUGAAGUCUCGGACUUUUUCUUUGAAUUUACUAAUGGAUGCCCUCUGUCAAAUGAAAAGAUCCGAUCUUGCCUGUCAUAUUUUCCAAGAGAUGAGCCAGCAAACCUGCUGCUGUGCAGACAAGGAAAGUUAUAGGAUUUUGAUGAGCGGACUGUGUCAAGAAAAGCGGUUUGACGAGGCUAUUCAUUUAUUGUAUUCAAUGUUCUGGAGGAUUUCAGCUAAGGGCAGCGGUGAAGAUGUUGUAAUAUAUAGGACACUUUUGGAAGCGCUUUGUGAUAAUGGGAAUUUCGAUGAAGCACUUCAGGUUCUUUCAAAGGUAUUGCAUAAAGGGCUUAAGACUCCUAAGAGACACCGAAGGCAAAUUCAAUGCCACUAUGAUUCAGAUAGUUGCCAUUUGAAUGCAUUUAUUAAUGAAGCGUUAAUCAUGGGCUUAAUUCCAAGUCAUAAGAGUUUCAGGGAACUGGCAAUUGGUUAUUACUCCGGAGACAAGAUUGAUGAAGGUAACAAAGUGUUGAAUGAAAUGUUUAAGAAAGGGUUUAGACCCUCGUUGGAGAUAUAUGAGGCCAAGUUGCUGGCAUUGUUUAGACAACAUCGGGUUAAUGAGGCCAUGGAGGUUGUUGACCAGGACAUGGUAGGUAGCAAUUGUCUUCCUAAUGUUAAGUUGUAUAAUACUCUUAUAAAAGGACUCUGUGAUGAAAAAAAAUCGGAUUUAGCCAUCAAGUAUUUUGAGAAAAUUCAAACGCAGCUAUGCUGUGUUGCCAACAAGGAAACUUAUGAGAAUUUAGUUGAUGGACUAUGUCGUGAAGGUAGAUACACAGAAGCAAGUCUUGUGCUGGACAGAAUGUUGAAUAAUUCUUAUUGGCCUAGAGUGGAAACUUUUAAUGCUGUGAUCCACGGUCUUUGCUUGGUAAAUAGUAAUUCACAUAAAGCAAUCAUGUUUUUAGAGGAGAUGGUUAGUCAAGCUAAGUUACCAGAAGCUCCUGUUUGGCAGUCACUAGUAGCAUCUAUUUGUACUGAAACUGCUGGAAACCGAUUUCUUUAUAGACUAUUAGAACGAUUGAGGAAGCCUUAACUAUGGUCUUACUCUAAUAUAUGUAUCUAAUCAAUCAUAUCUGAUUUUUUUACUAUGCAUGUGUGUGUCUCGCCUUGAAGAAUUAUUUAAUAAGCUAAUAUUUUCCAGAUGUUAUUUUUCAGCUUCAUGCAACCUUUGAUCUGAAACUUCUUGCCAUCUCAUCUGUUCUCUUAAAAUCCCAUUCUCUUGUUAUUGAUAGUUCUUUCUGUGGAAUUCAGUGUCAUGUUUUUUUGGUAACUCAAGGCAUCUCUUCUCAAUUUAUUUUGGUCCUUAAUUUCAUGUCCAUAAUCUGUUUUUCUUCCUUAAUUUAAAACCUUAAUUUAUUCUUACUUGUUUUAAUAUCCUUGAUUCUUUCUUCUUCGUUGCCUCACCUCACUAUGUGGUGGUUAAAGUUUAUGAGUACAUGGUAUUCAUGUAAAUUCAAGUUGCGGCCACAAUGAAUUCAACUCUUCUUUUACUGACCAAUGGCCUCCUUACCUUACUAUGAAACUGUCUUAAUAUGGCAAACACAAAAUGAAGUGCACGGCAUACAUAUAUCUCCUUUGAGAUUUAACUUUAUUAUUUUUUUCAGCGUGAAUUUCUACUUACCUGUGAACUUAGCUUGACUAAUAAAAAAUGAGCAUGC